ACUACUUCCCGUAAACAAUAAAUCCAAGCUUAUAGUUUUUCUAUAUUUAGCAAAGUGUCAUUGCUCCUGUUAUGAAAGUACGUUGCUGAUCAAUCGAUCGAAAAGUAUCGCUUAUACACCGAGUUGCACGAAUCUGUCUUGUUUCAAUCCUCGAGUUUCGAGGGAAAAAAUUUAAUUACACGUUAAUUUUAAAUUUAAUUUUGACGCAUUAUUUAAAGGAUUAAUAAUUAUCACUUUCGUUUGAAAUAUUUAUUACUUCUUUUUUUCUUAUUUAUUUAUUUUUUACUUUUUGUUUUACAAUGUGUGUCACCGUGUCAUUGUCACCACAGACUGUGCUUCAUAAAAUAUAAACCUGUAUCGCUGUCAUCAAAGUGUAUCAGAUAGAAAUCGUUUCUUUUAAUGUGCAUAUGAAAUUGUCCUUGGUCAACUUUAUGAAUAAUAACUCGCGCGACACGUAUCUUUAAAAGCUAUUCUUUUUCUUUUUUUUUUUUUAAAUUAUCAAGAUUAAUAGUAACGAUCGCGAGUAAUACGAUUGAAACGAAAAAAAAUAAAGGUUAUACUUUUCUCGUAUAAACCGUGACAUAAGUAAAAAAAAAAAAAAAAAUGUGACGUAAUACGUUUAAUUCUACAUAAUGUAACAACAUACCGAGCAGAGAUAUUAUAAAUCUCGCUCGGAGGGAGAUCGAUGUUUCCCCGAAGAAGGAAUUCGCAACGUCUUCGAAUAUAUCGGUUCCAAGCUCCAAACGUUUCCCACAGUCUCGCAUUCUGCACGGUUUCGAUGCCAAGAGAGAAUUCGAGGCAACCCAUAGCUUCAUAUCGACCACCGUCUUUACUCUAUCUUUGCCACGAUUUUCUCCACCAGUUACGUUCCAACGAUUUAUAAUAUAUUUCACGUCUCUUUGCCACACGUUUCUCAGGAUUUACAAUAUUCCUGAUUAUUGGGCACCUUUGAUCGGUUCCCGAAACUUUAUUCUUUCGAGAGAGAAAUCCGUUUUUGUUCGAUACCAUUUUUACGACGGACGCAAUGUUAUUUUUCGUAUGAAAUAUAUAUCCGUGUUAUAUACACGUAUAUAGGAUAUUGUAUUUAGAGGAGGUUCAAUUUAUAAAAAGAUUUUAGAAAUAUUACGAGAUCAGAAUUCAUUGCGUCUAAAAAAGUUGGGCAGAGAGGAGGGAGAUUAAACGAGUCGAUCGAUGGUCGGAUUUACGAUCAUUAUUCGCUUUCCAUCGGACGUGCCACGAUUCAAGGCGUACGUACAAUUAUCGGGUUUCAUUUUCCGGCGCGGUGCGGCGCCACAUCUCCUCCGUGCAUUCCGCUUGCUCGGCAUUGUACGAGUAUUCAAACAUCGCAUCGGCGGCAGCCCAUUUUUUCCAGCGACGUAUAUAUUUUCUUAUUACACGGGUGGACGUGAAAAAUACUCGGCACAGAAGUUCCGCGUGCCCUUUGUUCGUAGUACGCUCCCAGUCAUCCUUUCUUCUCGUGUCUCUUCAUUCCUUUCUUGCCAAAUACAUGCACAUGUACGUACGUAUAUAUAUAUAUGAUGUACCAUCACGUGCGCGUGUUGUUCAACGAGGAUGUAUAACGGUGAGCAGAUUGUUCGACGUAAAGUUGUAUUUUCAGCUGUCGUUGGAACCAUCUCGUACAAAAGGAACAAGCGGAAUAUUUCUAAUGGGGAAAGUCCUCGCUGGAGGAAAUGAAUGGAACCCUUUCUUGGUAGGGACGCCGUUCAUUUCUGGUGUUGCUGUUAUGGUGUGCUCUUCUUGCAACUUAAAGCAAGUGUUGAAUUAAGUGAAUAAUAUAAAAUAU